CGAGCGGCCAGUCCGCACUUGGAGCCGAGGCAAUAGGCGUUGGGGUGUCGGGUCCUGAGUUCGGGGCUGCUGCGGUGCCGAUCCUCACCGUCGAGGCUACGCGCCGCACGAAUCUGGAGAGCGGGUCCGUACGGGCGCCGAGACGCUCCAAGGUGCCGCGACUGGCGUACAGGCAAGCCGAGUGCACCAUGGUCCAGCUCACUACCUUCCUCUGUAAGGUCUACUAUGGGGGCAACUUAACCAUCCGCCUUACCCUGGGCGGCUGUGCCAACCGGCCUUUCUACCGCAUCGUGGCUGCUCACAGCAAGUUUGCCAGGGAUGGCCGUUUUGUGGAGCAGCUGGGCUGCUAUGAUCCACUGCCCAACAGCCAUGGAGAGAAGAUCGUUGGCCUCAACCUGGAGAGGAUCCGGUAUUGGAUUGGCUGCGGGGCCCACCUCUCUAAGCCUGUGGAAAGGCUUCUGGGUCUUGCUGGAUUUUUCCCUCUGCAUCCCAUGAUGAUCACUAAUGCUGAGAGACUGCGAAGGAAACGGGCACGAGAAGCCCUCUUAGCUUCUCAGAAGACAGAUACAGAAGCUACAGAAACAGAAGCGAGCUGACUUUGGUGUGCACAACAAUGGGAGCAACAUCGCCAAGAUUUCUCCAGCCCUAGCUUGCGUUGGAACUCCAGGCUUGAAUUUCUCACCAUGUCUUUGGUGAUCGCACCAGCGUAUCCUGCUAACACCUCAAGUCCGAUCUGUGCAAACCCGGCUGUGUACUUUACAAAGCGUGGACAAGGGCCCCUGCUGCAGCAGCUGACGUUUUUAUUAAGAUGAGGGUUUGGGUCGUUCUGAUCUAUCCAACAAUGUGGGAGGUGACUCCGGAGCUGCAAGGUGAGCAGGAUGAUUGUGUAAUAAACAUCAAACCCAUAAACCUAUCAGAUAAAUAGUUUUUAAAAUACUGGUGUUUUGUGCUUUCUGUUUAAUUUAGGCUUUUUGUUCCAGGGCUCAAGGGGAA